AUGCUCAUGGUUACAGUCAACCCGUGGGCCGUGGUGCUCGCACUGCCGGGAUUUCUCAUGGCAUUAUGGACAUUUCAGUUAAUUUACCUGCCGAUUCGGCUGCGGAAGAGUCCCGGCACGAGGGCGCCCAUCCUGUCCGGGAACCCUUUUGGAGUCUUGUUCUUUUUUGCCCAAUCGGCCUAUAUGCAAGCAACAAACCGCAUGCUGGAGCACUUCAAUACCAUGUUCAGCAAGGGGGACCCCCAAAACCCCCAUGUUGUCGAGCUACAGUUUGGCCGACGGCGCGUCAUCGUUACCCGGGAUCCAGAACACAUCAAGACCGUUCUCACGAGCAAGUUCACCCAGUAUGGAAAGGGGGAGCUGGUCCACACGGCGGCCAGCCCGUUCCUGGGAGACUCCAUCUUCACCACCGACGGACAGCUCUGGCAGAAGAGCCGCGCUCUCAUCAGACCCAUGUUCACAAAAGAGCGCGUCCGGGACAUUGAGAUUUUCUCGCAAUGGACCGAUGUCUUGAUGUCCAAGCUUCCAGCCUCGGGACAGACUGUCGACAUCUGCGACUUGUUCUACCGCAUGACGCUGGAUGUUUCAACCGACUUCCUCCUGGGGCAGACUGUUGGUGCCUUGGACAACCCCAACAGCGAGUUCAGCCAAGCCUUCACCGAUGUACAACGUAUGCAGAUGAUUCGAGUCAUCCUACACCCAUUCCGUCACGUACUGCCACUACGCAAAUACUAUGACGGAAUCAAAGUAAUCGAGCGCUUCAUUACCCCGUACAUUGAGUCAACGCUGCGCCUGCCCAUGGAGGAGCUCGAGCAGCUGUCAAAGUCGGACAAGGAAUUCACCUUUCUUCACAACAUUGCCUUGUUUUCACGAGACCCCCAGGUGAUCCGGGACCAGAUCUUUGCCGUCUUGAUUGCCGGCCGAGACACGACUGCCGCAACGCUAUCGUGGGCUCUCUACGAACUUGCCAAUUACCCCGACGUGUGGAAAAAGCUCCGAAACCAAGUCCUGGAGCACGUCGGCCCAACUCGAACCCCAUCGUACGAGGACCUCAAAAACCUGACCUACCUGACGCACACCAUCAACGAGACUCUGCGGCUGUACCCCGCGGUCCCUUAUAACAUUCGCGGCUGCAUUGAGGACUCUACCCUUCCCACGCCCGAAGGCCAGCCGGAAAUCGCGACGUCGACAGGCGACAUCGUCAUCUACAGCACCAUGGCUAUGCAGCGCCGACCUGAUCUCUACCCGCCCGUUUCGGACUCCUUUGCCGACGCCGCCAUCUUCAGCCCCGAUCGAUGGGAGAAAUGGACCCCCAAGCCGUGGCAGUACGUGCCCUUCAACGGCGGGCCGAGAAUCUGCAUCGGCCAAAACUUUGCCGUUACCGAGAUGGCCUUUACCAUGGUGCGCCUUUUGCAAAAAUAUGAGCGUGUGGAAUACCGCGGCGAUUGGAAUGCGCAGUUUCACAAGGCGGAGCUGGUUGGAUGUCCGGGACAGGGAGUGCCGGUGGCAUUGUACGAAGCAAAGAAGUAG